UUGCUGUUUUUGUUUUUUAAAGCUAAAGCUGAAGAGAAGUCGGAUAGAGAGCACAUACGAGUAUUACACAAAUACUCUAGUCUAUUAGCGACAUCAGCAAUGAAAGAUUUCUGCAGAAAUUAGUAUGAGAUGAUGUGUGAGUUUCCGUUAGCUGACGGAUGAUGAUGAAGAAGAUGCUGCUGAUGAUGUUUUGACUGCUGUUAGCCUCUGUGCUAAAGCUAACUCAAAUCACUCUGCCUCUCUUUCUGUGUGUCUGUGCGUGAACAGCUAAGACAACAACUCACAGUUUUUACAUUUAAGUUACAUGAACUUCAGCAAAAACACGAGGUCUAAUGUACAGCAGGGAAACAUGAGUGGUUGUGAGGAGCAGGAGGACGGGCGUGAGGCUGGAUCGUACCAGCUCUAACCUUCAGCUAUGACCUCUGAGCAAUUGACGGCUCUUAAGUAAACAUGUCUGUAAAUGACGACACUGACCAUCCACGCUUUUUUGUGGGCGGUGAGGAUGGAGAGGGAGAUGAACUACUUGACCCUGGCAGAGUCCUAGGCUAUGACUGCCUCUACGAGAAUGUGGAAGAAGAAGAUGAGGAUGAUGAUGAUGAUGAAUAUGAUUCGCCUCCAGAGAGACAGAUUGUGGUGGGUAUCUGUGCCAUGUCUAAGAAGUCCAACUCCAAACCUAUGAAGGAGAUCCUGGAGCGACUGUGUCUGUUUAAAUACAUCACAGUGGUUACGUUUGAGGAGGAAGUCAUUCUGAAUCAGCCGGUGGAGAAGUGGCCACUCUGUGAUUGUCUCAUUUCCUUUCACUCUAAAGGAUUCCCACUGGAUAAAGCUGUCGCUUAUGAAAAGCUGAGGAAUCCAUUUGUCAUCAAUGAUCUGGACCUGCAGUACUUUAUACAGGACAGGAGAAGGGUGUAUGGAAUCCUCAAGGCUGAAGGUAUACAGCUCCCACGCUAUGCUGUUCUGAACAGAGACCCUGCAAGACCAGAAGAAUGUAAUCUGGUGGAGGGAGAAGAUCAUGUGGAGGUAAAUGGAGAGAUUUUUCAAAAGCCUUUUGUUGAGAAGCCAGUGAGUGCUGAAGACCACAACGUCUACAUUUACUACCCAACAUCAGCAGGAGGGGGCAGCCAGCGGCUUUUUCGCAAGAUUGGCAGCAGAAGUAGCGUCUAUUCCCCUGAGAGUAAUGUCAGAAAGACUGGAUCAUAUAUCUAUGAGGAAUUCAUGCCUACAGAUGGAACGGAUGUCAAGGUGUAUACUGUCGGUCCUGACUACGCCCAUGCGGAGGCCCGUAAAUCUCCGGCUCUGGAUGGGAAGGUGGAGCGAGACAGUGAGGGGAAAGAGGUCCGCUAUCCUGUCAUCCUUAAUGCUAGAGAGAAACUCAUUGCCUGGAAAGUCUGUUUGGCUUUUAAGCAAACGGUGUGUGGGUUCGACCUGCUUCGUGCCAACGGUCAGUCAUACGUCUGUGAUGUGAACGGCUUCAGUUUUGUGAAGAACUCAAUGAAAUACUACGAUGACUGUGCAAAGAUCCUGGGGAAUACCAUCAUGAGAGAAUUGGCUCCACAGUUUCAUAUCCCAUGGUCGAUACCCUUGGAAGCAGAAGACAUUCCCAUAGUUCCCACAACUUAUGGAACCAUGAUGGAGUUGAGGUGUGUUAUUGCUGUAAUACGACAUGGUGACAGAACUCCAAAACAGAAGAUGAAAAUGGAAGUUCGACAUCAAAGAUUUUUUGAUCUCUUUGAAAAAUUUGAUGGUUACAAAACUGGAAAGCUAAAACUGAAAAAACCAAAGCAACUUCAGGAAGUGCUGGACAUUGCCAGGCAGCUGUUGCUGGAGCUCGGUCAGAAUAAUGACUCCGAGAUCGAGGAGAGUAAAGCAAAGCUUGAACAACUGAAAACUGUCCUUGAAAUGUACGGUCACUUUUCUGGCAUUAACCGCAAGGUCCAGUUAACAUAUCUGCCUCAUGGUUGCCCUAAAACCUCCAGUGAAGAAGAAGAUGUAAGAAGGGACGACCCAUCUCUGUUACUGGUUCUGAAGUGGGGUGGAGAGUUGACCCCAGCUGGCAGGGUUCAGGCUGAAGAGCUUGGUCGGGCAUUCAGGUGUAUGUACCCUGGAGGACAAGGUGAUUAUGCUGGUUUUCCCGGUUGUGGUCUUUUGCGUCUUCACAGCACAUAUAGACAUGAUUUAAAGAUAUACGCUUCUGAUGAAGGCCGUGUUCAGAUGACUGCUGCAGCAUUUGCAAAGGGUCUGUUGGCAUUGGAGGGCGAGUUAACACCGAUCCUCGUUCAAAUGGUGAAGAGUGCGAAUAUGAACGGCUUGUUGGACAGUGAGAGCGACUCCUUAAGCAGCUGCCAGCAGAAAGUCAAAGCACGACUUCAUGAGAUACUUCAGAAAGACAGAGACUUCAUUCCAGAGGAUUAUGAGAAGCUGGCGCCCACCUCCAGCAUGUCUUUGGUGAAGUCCAUGCAGAUGAUCAAAAACCCAGUUCAGACAUGUGAUAAGGUGUACUCCCUCAUUCAAAACCUCACGCUGCAGAUUCGCCGGAGGAUGGAAGACCCCAAGUCAGCAGAUAUUCAGCUGUACCACAGUGAGACUCUGGAGCUGAUGUUGCGUCGAUGGUCUAAACUAGAGAAGGAUUUUAAAAUGAAGAACGGACGGUACAACAUCAGCAAGAUUCCUGACAUCUAUGACUGCAUUAAAUAUGAUGUGCAACACAACAGCUCAUUGAAAUUCAACAACACAAUGGAAAUCUACCGGCUGUCCAAAGCCCUCGCUGACAUUGUCAUUCCACAGGAAUAUGGUAUCGCUCAGGCUGAGAAACUGGACAUUGCCAAAGGAUACUGCACCCCUCUGAUUCGCAAGAUCAGAUCUGAUCUCCAGAGGACACAAGAUGAUGACACCGUUAAUAAACUUCACCCAGUAUAUUCCAGAGGGGUUAUGUCUCCAGAACGGCAUGUGCGAACUAGACUUUACUUCACCAGUGAGAGUCACGUGCACUCCCUUCUUUCAAUCUUGCGUUAUGGAGCCCUCUGUGAUGAGGCCCAAGAUGAGCAAUGGAAGAGAGCUAUGGACUACCUUAAAAUAGUCAGUGAGCUAAACUACAUGACACAGAUAGUCAUCAUGCUCUAUGAGGACCCAAACAAGGAUCCUUCAUCUGAGGAGCGUUUCCAUGUGGAACUUCACUUCAGUCCAGGAGCCAAAGGCUGUGAAGAGGAUAAAAAUCUGCCAUCUGGAUUUGGUUACAGACCAGCAUCAAGAGAGAAUGAAGACUCCAAGAAGUCGUCCCAGAAUGACAGUGAUGAAGAGUCUGGCAGCACUAAACGUGACGAGCCGGACCGAGCCCUCAUGAUGUUUCGCCCUAUGGUAUCAGAUCCCAUCUACAUCCACAAGAAGUCUCCUCUUCCCCGCUCCAAAAAGAUCGGCUCUGUGGAAGAAGAAAGCCCCCUGAGUGUGUCUAGCCCUGACUCUAUAGGUACCUGGAUACAUUACACCUGUGGUGUUGGUACUGGGCGUCGAAGACGCAGAUCAGGGGACCAAAUAACUUCCUCCCCAGUCUCCCCCAAAUCACUGGCUUUCACAUCCAGUAUAUUUGGCUCAUGGCAACAGGUUCUGUCAGAGAACAACAGUCACAUGAGACCCAGCAGACUGCACACGGAGCAUAAACUCUCCACUGGAAUAGGAUCUCAUUGUGCUGGACUGUUUAGCACCAUGGUGCUGGGCUGCUCCUCCAGUGCACCUAACCUACAAGAUUACGCUCGCGCUCACCGUAAAAAGCUGACAUCUGCUGGCUUCUUAGAGGAGGCCACUCGUGGUUCUGCUGUUAAAAGAUUUUCUAUCUCAUAUGCGCGUCACCCGACCAAUGGGUUUGAGUUGUACUCCAUGGUUCCAUCCAUCUGCCCAUUGGAGACUCUUCAUAAUUCCCUGUCUCUCAAACAAGUGGAUGACUUCUUAGCCUCCAUCGCUAUAUUCCCUGAUCCAAUAUUGGACAUAUCUGCAUCAUCUCCAGCUGUGCCCACAAAGAAAGGUCCUUUAAACACAUAUACUCCAGCGAAAGUUUUACCCUGUCCAUUUACUCGGCCUCUUGUCAAGAGGACAUCAACAUGCUCACCAGACAAGAGCACAUCAGCUCAAGAUGAUUUUCCAGCAAGAGAAGUUUCAGAUCACAGUAAACGUGACAGUAAAAUCUUAAGUCAAACCUCAGAGAAUAAGCAGCUUCUCCCUGCUGUCAACAACUCCAUUCCUUCAUCAGCUGGAUGUUAUGACUGCGUUAAUAAAAACCAACAACAAUCUACUGGCAUAUCAAACACCUUCUCUGGAAAAUAAAACUGUUACAAACUGUACCAUCUGUAAACCACCACUCAAGAAACACAAAUUGAAUUGAAAUCACAGUAAACCUCAAUCAGGAUACAACUAAAGAAAUGGCUAACAAACACACAUGAAUGUGCAACAUUCCUAAAAUCAUGAACAAUUCAUAUGUAAAUACAGUAUAUAUAAAUAAAGAACCAAUGAACUUCA